AUGCUGAAAGAACAGGAAAGGAAUUUAUCAAGAAGAUUAGACUUGGAAAGAAGAAAGAUUCAGAUGUUUCAAGUGCUAAAAUCAAAGAGGCAGUCUACACCAGUUUUUACAACCUCAUUAUUGACCAAAGUUAAUGAUCUUACAAAUAGCCUUAAAUAUUUAUUGUCUGCUUGGAUUGAUCCUGUGAUGAGAGAAAAAGAACAAUAUUUGUCUAAUAUCAAUGCUUUCUGUGAAAUGAAUUUUGAUAGUAACUUUAAACAAAUAGACUCACGAUAUAGUAAUACUUCUGUAUCUGAUAUAACUGAUAAUACUUCAAAUUUUGAUGAACCUGAUUCAGAUAUAUCUAAAAAUAUAUCUGAUAAUACUUCAAAUCCUGAUAUAUAUCAGAAAAUAAUUGAAGAAUUUCUAGAUCAAAUGUAUAAAGAAAACAGUAAUAAAAUAAAAGAAGGAAAUCAGAAAAAGAAAUUUCAGAUUCAAGGAUUAGUGCAAAAUACUUCUGAUAUACAAAAUGAG